GCCUUCGGACAGGUGCUGGGGGCGGUGCCCGGCCCUGCCCCUGGGGCCGAGUCCCCAGGCCGGGGCGGGUCAGAGACGCGGUCCGUGCCGGCGACGCCUCGGAAUCUGCGGGCGGUGGGGGCGGCGGACACAGGUACCACGCAGGGCCCGGCGCGACCCAGCUCGGAGCAUCCAAACCUCGGCGCGUGCAGCCUCGGAGGCUUCGGGGCUGGACCCGCGCGGGCCCCGGGGCUCGAGAGCAGGGCUCCGGGGUCGCCCGAAGAGUGCGCCAACGAGCCCCAGAGCCCGGGCCCGGCGGGUCAGGACGCCGCAGCUGGGGACUUGGAGCGCCCCGGGCCCGGCAGCCACGGCGCGGGGGUACCGGGGCACUGUCGCUCCGCGGGGACGGGCUCGGCCGGCCCCGGGCGCCCUCGCUCGCCGCCGCCCAUGGAGACGCCCAUCGAACGGGAGAUCCGCCGGGCCUGCGAACGCGAGGAGAGCCUGCGCCGCCGCCGGGGCCUGAGCCCGCGCCGCGCGGCCCGCGAACUCGUCGAGCUGCGCGUGCGGCCGGUGCUCUGCCGGCCCGACCCGGUCCCCGCGUGCCCGCGCGCUCUGGAGCGCGCGCGGGCGGGCGCGCGGAUGCGGCGGGACAUCGAGCGCGAGGCGCACCGGCAGGCGGCGCUCGUGAGCCCCGUGGGCCCGGAGCCGCCGCCGCCGCCGCUGGGCGAACUUAAGCGCUUCUUCGAGGCGGCCGGCGGCGGCUCCUCUCCAAAGGCGGGGGCGGCGGGGGGCGGCGCGGGCCCGCCCGGGAUGCCCGAGCGCGGGGGCCGUGCCCCGGGGCCGGCCCGCUCCCCGCCGCCCGCCGCGCCGUCGCUGCUGGAGCAGGAGGUGCGCGCGGCGCGGGAACGCGAGCGGGAACUGCAGCGCCAGCGCCGCUGCGUCUAUGGCACCGCCGAGGGCGCCGAGCCCGCGCCCAGCCUCGCGCCGAGCAGGGGCGACGGCAAGUUGGCGGUGAUCUGGCCUCCCCGCGGAACGAACUUGGAGAACGCCCCGGAACAGGACCAGCGGAAGCCUUGAGCCCGGAGCAGGCCGGACCCGCCCAAUCCAACGCCCACUGGACGCGCACCCCCAGGAGGACGCCCCGUCGGCUGCGCCCCGGGAAGGUGAAAUCGACCCCCUUGGAACCUUUCUUAAACGGACCCGGUUCUCUUGAAAACUGUUAAGUCCAUUGGGAAAUGGACCCCCGAACCCACGCACACGCGCCCCUCCUGCGAACGUGACUGUCCGUCCCACCUGCCCAG